UCAGUCAUCUUCUCCUCCUCAAUUGACAACUCAAGGGACAAGCUUUGACCUCGUUGGGGCUGCUUGCGGUUGGCUCGAGGCCACAGAAAAGAGUUUGCGUUUGCGUUGCCACCAGCAUCACAGCCCGUCUCCAUCGCGACAGCGAGCUCGCCAGCAGCUCUUUCCCAGCCUCGAGCUGAUCGAUACACGGCACGCAAGCCAGUCAGCUCCGCGACGACUUCGUCAUCAUGGAGAGAAUCACGGACAAGAUCGCGGCGCUGCCCGCCGAUGCGAGCUACUUCUCCCUCGAGUUUUUCCCGCCCAAGACGGCAAUGGGUUUCUCCAACCUCCGCGACCGUCUCGACCGCAUGGCACGCGCCCUCCGGCCUCUCUUUGUCAAUGUCACCUGGGGUGCUGGCGGCUCGACAGCGACAAAGUCUCUGGAACUCGCCGAAAUCUGCCAGAGAGAGCUCAACCUAACGACAUGCCUGCACCUCACCUGCACCAACAUGAGCCGCCGGAUGAUCGAUCGUGCUCUCGAGGACGCCAAAGUCCUGGGCAUCCGCAACAUACUUGCCCUGCGCGGUGACCCUCCCAGAGCUUCCGAGUACCAAGAUGCGAACGAAGAUCCAGAAAACGCGAUCGACGAGGAUUUCAAGUGGGCGGCGGACCUGAUUCGGUACAUCAAAAAGACACACGGAGACUAUUUCUGCAUCGGCGUGGCCGCAUACCCCGAGGGCCAUGCCGACGAGAGCCACCCACUGGGUCAAAGCCUGGAGCAUGAUCUCCAGUACCUCGUCGAGAAGACCCAGGCAGGCGCAGACUUCAUCAUGACACAGCUGUUCUUCGACACCGCUGCCUAUGACAAGUUUGAGCGGACCCUUCGAGAACAUCCGACUGGCACAUUCAAGACGAUACCCAUAAUUCCCGGACUGAUGCCGAUCCAAAGCUACCAAAUGAUCAAGAGGACUACGAAGCUCAGCCACGCCAACAUCCCCGCGGAUAUCAUGGCUCGGUUGGACGAAGUCAGGAAAGAUGAUGAGAAAGUCAAGAGUCUCGGUGUAGACAUCCUUGGUGAGAUUGUCGAUCGGGUGAAGAGUAUUCAGAGCAGGACACCUGGGCCAAAUGGCUUCCACUUUUACACCCUCAACCUCGAAAAGGCCGUGUCAUUCAUCCUCGAGAGGGCAAACCUGAUACCACCCGAGGACGCGGAGGAUGAGGACGCCAUCAUAGACGAGGCAGCAGUGCCUGCGAUCCACGUUAACGGCAACUCGUCCCAGGAUAACCUGCUGCGCGUCCGCGAGCAGUCUUCCCGUUCGAGGCGGCAGUCAACUGUCGGCUCCGACCCGAGGAACCGAGUCAUUGUGUCUGGUGGCCGGACGCCGUCGUUCCCAGACUACGAGGCGUCCCAGGCCGAGGCUAGUAUCCCAGCGGGGGCGAUCAACACUCGUGCCAAUACGUUAGCAAUCUCCGAGGGAGAAGGCGUACUCGGAAGGGAAGCGACCUGGGACGACUUCCCUAACGGCAGAUGGGGUGAUGCCCGCUCUCCUGCAUACGGUGAGAUUGACGGCUACGGACCUACAUUACACGUGACGAGAUCGCAAGCCAUCGACCUCUGGGGCCACCCGAAGAGCACCGAGGACGUUAACCAGCUGUUUGUAAGGCAUCUCCAGGGCACACUCAAGGCCAUCCCGUGGAGCGAGGAGGACUUCAACGCCGAGACGGGCACGAUCACGGAGCUCCUGAUCAAACUCAACUCCAAGGGCUGGUGGACGGUCGCAUCUCAGCCGGCCGUCAACGGCCUACGCUCGUCAGACCCGACCUUUGGCUGGGGCCCGCAGCACGGUUUCGUCUUCCAGAAGGCGUUUGUCGAGUUCUUCAUCCCCUCUGCGGACUGGAAGGUGCUACUGGAGAAGCUGCAGAGCCCUGAGAUCCAGGGUUCCGUGUGCUUCUAUGCCGCCAACGCGGCAGGCGACUUUGUCUCGUCCGACUCGACGGGCGGCGAGUCCCUCUCGGACGAGGCGAGCACCAAUGCGGUGACGUGGGGCGUCUUCCCCGGCAAGGAGAUCGUCACGCCCACCAUCAUCGAGGAGAUGAGCUUCCGCGCCUGGAGCGAAGAGGCGUUUGGCAUCUUUGGCGAGUGGGCCAAGGUAUAUCCCAAGGGAUCUGAGAGCGACCGCUUCCUCGAGAAGGUCAGGCAGGACUCGUGGCUCGUCAACAUUAUACACCACGCAUAUGUGGAGAAGGAUGCGCUGUGGGAUCUGCUUCUCAAGUAAGCGGGAGACGUGGAACGAGGGAGGUAGAAUAGUAAUCAAAAGCUCACAAACAACGGCAUAAUGUGCCAGAAGUGCGGGUGACGUCGUGGGAGACACGAGUGCUUGCAUUUUCAUAUCUGUUGGUGUGGGAAGUGAAGUGGAACAAGGGGUUUCCUUGGGAGUUUUUGACCCUAUGUUGUGGUGCCAUAAUCCUGGUGCUGCAGAAGCAUACUGAGCAAUGGCGACUAUUGCCCAUAUGAUCGCCUGAUGCUCGAGGCCGUCUUUCUACACACACACACACGACGUGAGCACAUCAACAAUUACCAACAUUUAAGCAA